UAGAAAACAGUUUAGAAAAGACAGUGCUACUGAAAACAACCUGCAAAAAAUAAAACCAGACAAAAUAAACAGAUAUUUAACAAAAUCAAAAUAAAGUAAUAAAAAAAAAUUAACUCAAAAUGAAAUCUUAUUUUAUUUGGGCAUUUUUGGCAUUGAUUGUCUUGUCCGCAACAAAUGUUAAGGCUGACUGCGGAGAUGAUGCUAAAGAUGACGACAGCUGGUUCAAAAAAGUGGGUUGCCAAAUUAAGAAAGGCGCCGAAGAUACCUACGAGUCGGUCAAAAAGGGAGCAGAAGAUGGCUAUGAAGCUGUUAAACCUCUCGGAGAUAAAAUCGCUACAUCUGCCAAAGAAUUCGGUAAUACAGUGGCAAAGAAAUACGACGAAGUCAAGCAUAAACUAACAGACGAAAAUGUGUCUAUCGAUAACAAGCCCGCUGAAAAUCUUCACGCUAAUGAACCCACUGAGAAGGUACCUUUGGCCCCACUGCCCGGACAAACUGAUAACAAACCCGAAAUCGCCGCUAAAUCAACCACAGAAUAGUGAUCCCUGUCCGCCAGGCCAAGCUCUCGAUCAUACAAAGAAACAUUGCCGUACUGCAGUUUGAUGAAUACUUUUUUAAUUGUUUUCUAAAAAAUAAAAUACUUUUGAUUUUUGUGAUUAAAAAUAAAGUGUUGCCAAAAUGUG